CCGGACUCUAAGAUGAUCACGGCAAUUCUCCUGGCGGUCUGCACCGCAGUGUUCCUUUUCCUUUCGUAUCGAUAUGCAGUCGGUCGACCCUGCGGUUUUCCUCCCGGUCCUCCAAGGAUACCGAUGUUCGGAAGCUAUCUCUUUAUGCUGAUCAUCAACUUCAAGUAUUUGCAUAAGGCUGCUUUGACCCUCAGUCGGUGGUAUAAAUCGGAUAUAAUCGGGCUGUAUGUGGGUCCUUUCCCGGUGGCCGUCGUCCAUAAUUCGGAGGGAGUCCGCGAGAUCCUUAACAACAAGGUCUUCGAUGGACGUCCCAAACUUUUCGUGGCCGCUAUGCGAGAUCCCGGCCAAGAUGUACGAGGAAUCUUCUUUCAGGAUGGCCCCCUUUGGAAAGAGCAGCGUCGCUUUAUCCUGCGCUAUUUACGAGACUUUGGUUUCGGGCGACGAUUCGAACAACUCGAAUUGGUCAUCCAGGAGCAGUUGACGGACAUGCUCGACCUGAUCCGCAAUGGACCAAAGUAUCCGCAUGAGCACGAGAUGGUGAAACCUGGCGGAUACCGCGUGCUUCUGCCGCUGCUCUUCAAUCCAUUCUCGGCCAACUGCCACUUUCACAUUGUGUACAAUGAGUGCCAGAGUCGCGAGGAAAUGGCCAGAUUGGUGAAGCUCUGCCAAAUGGGCAUGCAGUUCCAGAGGAAUGCGGACGACUAUGGCCGGAUGUUGAGCAUAAUGCCUUGGAUUCGCCACUUUUGGCCCGAAUGGAGUGGCUACAACAAGCUAAACGAAUCCAAUCUGUUUGUGCGCCAAUUCUUUGCCGACUUUGUGGAUCGAUAUUUGGAUAGCUACGAGGAGGGUGUCGAGCGAAACUUUAUGGAUGUCUAUAUAGCGGAAAUGCGCCGAUCUCCAGGCUAUGGUUUCAACAGGGAUCAGCUCAUAAUGGGCCUGGUGGACUUUUCCUUUCCGGCCUUCACUGCCAUCGGUGUUCAGUUGGCGCUGCUCGUUCAGUAUCUCAUGCUUUAUCCCGAUGUUUUGCGGCGAAUGCAGCGGGAAAUCGACGAGGUGGUGGGAUGCGGAAGACUGCCCACUCUGGAGGACCGCAAGAAUCUGCCUUUUACGGAGGCCACAGUUCGCGAGGGUCUGCGCAUUGAAACACUGGUUCCCUCCGAUGUGCCGCACAAAGCUCUGGAGGACACCGAGUUGCUGGGCUACCGGAUACCGAAGGAUACCAUUGUGGUGCCCAGCCUGUAUGCCUUCCACUCGGACUCUCGUGUCUGGUCGGAUCCGGAGCAAUUCCGCCCGGAGCGGUUCCUCGAUUCGGAGGGCAAACUCUGCUUGAAGCUGGACGUUUCUCUGCCCUUCGGAGCGGGAAAAAGGCUGUGCGCCGGUGAGACUUUCGCCCGUAACAUGCUCUUUCUGGUGACAGCGACCAUGUGCCAGCACUUUGACUUCGUCCUGGGCCCCAAAGAUAAACUGCCUGAUCUCUCCCAGAACCUCAACGGUCUGAUUAUCUCGCCGCCCGAUUUCUGGGUUCAACUGAAGGAUCGGCACUGAAGUCCCUCAAGUACAAUGAAAAUAUCCAAGAUAUUAGAGUUAACUAUUUUUAAGACAUUUUUAGAAUUGGGACAAGAAAUGUAAAACUGUACGAAUAAACA